CGGAGCAGGGCAUUCCAUGUAGGCAGAGAACACGCUGCAGAAAGCUUUCCAAGAAUCCUGACAUGGCAAGAAGAGGCUCCUUCCAGUCUUACCAGGUAAUAUCCUUGUUCACUUUUGCUGUUGGUGUCAAUAUCUGCUGUGGAUUCACGGCAAGUCGAAUUAAGAGGGCAGAAGGAUGGGAUGAAGGCCCUCUGACAGUGCUAUCCGACUCCCCUUGGACCAACACCUCUGGAUCUUGCAAGGGAAGAUGUUUUGAACUUCAAGAGGUUGGACCUCCUGAUUGUCGGUGUGACAACUUGUGUAAGAGUUACAGCAGUUGCUGUCAUGAUUUUGAUGAGCUCUGUUUGAAGACAGCUCGAGGCUGGGAGUGUACUAAGGACAGAUGUGGAGAAGUACGGAAUGAGGAAAAUGCGUGUCACUGCUCCGAGGACUGCUUGCUCAGGGGAGACUGCUGUACUAAUUACCAAGUAGUUUGCAAAGGAGAAUCACAUUGGGUAGAUGAUGACUGUGAAGAAAUAAAGGCCCCAGAGUGUCCUGCAGGGUUUGUUCGUCCUCCAUUAAUCAUUUUCUCUGUGGAUGGCUUCCGGGCAUCCUACAUGAAGAAAGGGAGCAAGGUCAUGCCUAACAUUGAAAAACUAAGGUCCUGUGGGACACAUUCUCCCUACAUGAGGCCUGUGUACCCAACAAAAACCUUUCCUAACUUAUACACUUUGGCCACCGGUCUGUAUCCAGAAUCUCAUGGAAUUGUUGGCAAUUCAAUGUAUGAUCCUGUAUUUGAUGCCACUUUCCAUCUUCGAGGGCGAGAGAAAUUUAAUCAUAGAUGGUGGGGAGGUCAACCACUAUGGAUUACAGCCACCAAGCAAGGGGUGAAAGCUGGAACAUUCUUUUGGUCUGUGGCCAUCCCCCAUGAGCGGAGAAUAUUGACCAUCCUGCAGUGGCUCACCCUGCCAGAUGACGAGAGGCCUUCGGUCUAUGCCUUCUACUCUGAACAACCUGAUUUCUCUGGACACAAAUACGGCCCUUUUGGCCCUGAGAUGACAAAUCCUCUGAGGGAAAUUGACAAAACUGUGGGACAGUUAAUGGAUGGACUGAAACAGCUCAAGCUGCAUCGGUGUGUGAAUGUCAUCUUUGUUGGAGAUCACGGUAUGGAAGAUGUUACAUGUGAUAGAACUGAGUUCCUGAGUAAUUACCUGACCAAUGUGGAUGAUAUUACUCUAGUGCCUGGAACUCUAGGAAGAAUUCGAUCCAAAUUUAGCAACAAUGCUAAAUAUGACCCCAAAGUCAUUAUUGCUAACCUCACGUGUAAAAAACCAGAUCAGCACUUUAAGCCUUAUAUGAAACAGCACCUUCCCAAACGCUUGCAUUAUGCCAACAACCGAAGAAUUGAGGAUAUCCAUCUCUUAGUGGACCGCAGGUGGCAUGUUGCAAGGAAACCUUUGGAUGUUUAUAAGAAACCAUCAGGAAAAUGUUUUUUCCAGGGGGACCAUGGAUUUGAUAACAAAGUCAACAGCAUGCAGACCGUUUUUGUAGGUUAUGGCCCAACAUUUAAGUACAAGACUAAAGUGCCUCCGUUUGAAAACAUUGAACUUUACAAUGUCAUGUGUGAUCUCCUGGGAUUGAAGCCAGCUCCUAACAAUGGAACUCAUGGGAGUUUGAAUCACCUCCUGCGUGUUAAUACCUUCAGACCAACCAUGCCAGAGGAAGUUACCCGACCAAAUUAUCCAGGGAUUAUGUACCUUCAGUCUGAUUUUGACCUGGGCUGCACCUGUGAUGAUAAGGUAGAGCCAAAGAACAAGCUGGAUGAACUCAAUAAACGCCUUCAUACAAAAGGGUCCACAGAAGCUAACAUCUUGAUGGACUUACUAUGCAAUGAAAACUCAUUUCCUUGUGACAUUGAAUCAAUGGAUGAAUGCAUGAAUAAAAUGGAAAAUUUAAAAACUCUCAUAGCAGGCGAUUCUAGCACUGAAGCUGGCUAUAAUUUUUGUGAGAGACAUCUCCUCUAUGGGCGACCUGCCGUGCUUUAUCGAACUAGAUAUAAUAUCUUAUAUCACACUGACUUUGAAAGCGGUUAUAGUGAAAUAUUCCUAAUGCCACUCUGGACAUCAUACACUGUUUCCAAACAGGCUGAGGUUUCUGGCAUCCCUGAGCAUCUGACCAAUUGUGUCCGCCCUGACGUCCGUGUUUCUCCAGGCUUCAGUCAGAAUUGUUUGGCCUACAAGAAUGAUAAGCAGAUGUCCUACGGAUUCCUCUUUCCUCCCUAUCUGAGCUCUUCGCCAGAGGCUAAAUAUGAUGCAUUCCUUGUAACCAAUAUGGUCCCAAUGUAUCCUGCUUUCAAAAGGGUCUGGAAUUAUUUCCAAAGGGUAUUGGUGAAGAAAUAUGCCUCAGAAAGAAAUGGAGUAAAUGUGAUAAGUGGACCAAUAUUUGACUAUGACUUUGAUGGCUUACAUGACACAGAAGACAAAAUCAAACAGUAUGUGGAAGGCAGUUCCAUUCCUGUUCCAACUCACUACUACAGUAUCAUCACCAGCUGCCUGGAUUUCACUCAGCCAGCCGACAAGUGCGAUGGCCCCCUCUCUGUAUCCUCAUUCAUCCUUCCUCAUAGACCAGACAAUGAUGAGAGCUGUAAUAGCUCAGAGGAUGAGUCAAAAUGGGUAGAAGAACUCAUAAAGAUGCACACAGCUCGAGUGCGGGACAUUGAACAUCUCACCAGUUUGGAUUUCUUCCGAAAGACCAGCCGCAGCUACCCUGAAAUUCUGACACUUAAGACAUACCUGCAUACAUAUGAGAGCGAGAUUUAACUUCCUGAUCAUCUGCAGUACAGCCUUAUCAACUGGUGUAUAUUUUUAUAUUGUGUUUAUAUUUAUUAAUUUGAAACCAGGACAUUUAAAAAACUUAGUAUUUUAAUCCUGUACCAAAUCUGACAUAUUAAGUGUGAAUGACUCCACUGUUUUUCUCUAAUGCUUGAUUUAGGUAGUCUUGUGUUCCGAGUAGAGCUUGUAAUAAAUACUGCAGCUUGAGUUUUUAGUGGAUGCUUCUAAAUGGUGCUGCAGAUUUGAUAUUUGCAUUGAGGAAAUAUUAAUUUUCCGAUGCAUAGUUGCCACAUUUAGUCCUGUACUGUAUCAAAAUUCUGAUUUUGUAAAGUUACAUUCAUUUGCUGUUAACUAUGACAGACAUAUUUAAGCCUUAUAGACCAAUCUUAAAUAUAAUA